AUGCAUAGUGGCCAGUUGUUGCGUGACAUAGAGGCAAUAAGCAGAGCUCUAUACCUGCAGAAACCCCGAUCUGAUGUUCGUUCGAAAUCCGUAGGGAAAACACGUGCUACAGGUUCUAAACCCAGAAUCUCUGAUGAGCAUCACCAUUUUAAUGAAAAGAACUCGGUAUGGAACUGGAAGAAGUCCCUGAAAUCUUUGGCACAUAUUGGUCACAAGAGGUUUGAUGUUUGUUUCUUUCUCCAUGUUCAUUCGAUUGAAGGGCUACCCCUGGGUUUCAAUGACCUUAGUUUGUCGGUGCAUUGGAAGAGGAAAGAUCAUGUUGUGAGCUCCCGGCCUUCAAGGGUUAUGCGGGGAGUUGCUGAAUUCGAUGAGGCUUUGAUGCACAGAUGUUAUGUAUAUGGGAGCAGAACUGGACCACAGAAUUCUGCAAAAUAUGAUGGAAAGCUUUUCAUGAUCUAUGUUUCUGUAACGGGUACUCUUGAUAUUGACUUUGGAAAGCGGUGGGUGGAUCUUACGAAGCUGCUGCCUUGUACUUUGGAGGAACUGGAGACGGAGAAGAACAGUGGUAAAUGGACUACUAGCUUUGGACUUGCGGGUAAAGCCAAGGGUGCAACCUUGAAUGUUAGUUUUGGUUUUUCUCUGGAGAGAGAUAGAAAUUCUGUAUCACAAGUGAAUCAGACUUCCUCUGUGCUUGAUCACUUGACUCCCAACUUUCCACGCAACACGGAAGCAAGAAUGAGAUUUGCAGCUUCUAUGAGGGACGAGAUUCAUUGUGUUAGAAGUAUACCUCAUAGUAUGAACCAUGAGAAUCCUCUAUGUUUUCAGUCUGUUGAUGUAAAAAAAUUCGAUGAAGUUCCGCAAAAUGUAGGAUUGGAGCUUUCCAAGUCGAUAAAGUUUCUGUACCAGAAACUUAAUGAGGUUAACUUGCAUAAUUCAGAUGAUCUGGAUGCUUUAGCUGCUCAUCUAUGGCUGGAGAACUCUAACGUGGGUUUGGACCUUGAUAGAAGUUCUAGCAAAGAUGGCUGUGAUGAUGAAUUUGAAUUCACCAUCAUAGAUCAAGGGAUAGAAAUGCCAGAGAAGUUUGAGUCGGAAAUCAUGAGAACUUGUCCUUCUGAUGUUGGACUUGAUGGUUCUGUAAUUGAAACUAUUGAUAUCAAUGAAAUCAUUAUGGAUGAUGACGAAUCCCUUGCUGCACAAAAAAUGUCUCAUGUACAGGAGAUCGUAGAUGAUAUAGGAAGUCUUUUGGUAGCUCCCUCGGAGGACGAAAAGAAAACUAGAUCUGUAUAUGGAUCAUCCUCAGAAGAUCCAGAGGCAGCCUGUUUAGUUCCUGGAGAUUAUGCUGUUGAGUCUCCUUUAUCUCUUAAUUACUUUACCGAGCAUGAAAAUUAUAUGGAGAUGAAGUCAGAUUGUGCUACACACAGUAGUGUUAAGAGAUCACUCAGUUUGGAUGAAGUCACUGAGUCUGUGGCUAAUGAUUUCUUAAAUAUGCUGGGAAGUGAUGGUGGAUCCUUUCGGAUAAAUUCAGAUUGUAUUGCUGAGUCUCCAAGAGAGCUCCUCUUAAGAGAGUUUGAGAAAGACGCUCUUUCAUGUGGCGACUUUAUCUUGGAUUGUAACUUAUCUAGAGAUGAUGGCAGAUCCGCUUAUGUUGGUGAAGUGGGAUCCAGUUAUGGGAGUAUUUGUCAGGAUUUUGAUCGUCCCUUGAGUAUACGGACUUUAAGGAAGGAACAACCCCUGGCUAUUGAGUUGCCAAGUAGGAGGACCACGGUCAGAGUGCUUGAGGACAUGGAGACUGAAGCUUUAAUGAGAGAAUGGGGAUUAAACGAGGAUGCAUUCCAGAGCUCUCCACAUGAUUACUCUGGUGGAUUUGGUAGUCCAAUAGAAGUUGCUUGUGGGAAGGCAUUCGAGCUGCCGCCUCUAGGUGAUGGUUUUGGACCUUUAUUGCGAAUCAGAAACGGUGGUUAUUUGAGGUCUACCAGUUCUAUUUAUGGACAUUCUAAAAAUGUUCGAAAUUUGAUCAUACAAAUUUCACCCCAGGUUGUCCUCCCUGCUACAAUGGGUUGUGAUAUAUUGGAGAUAUUACAGCAUUUGGCAUCCGUUGGAACCGAGAAGCUUUCCUCCCAAACAAAGAGACUAAUGCCUUUACAGGAUUUAACAGGGCAGUCACUGGACCAAAUAGUCCUUGCUCCAACACACAGUGCAGCUUCAACUCAUAGGUUUGAUAGCCCCUCUUUGUACUCAAAUGUUUGUGAUUCUGAGAUGGCAUCAGAGUAUGUAUCACUUGAGGAUCUUGUCCCUCUGGCAUUGGAUAAGAUUGAGGUCCUGUCAAUUCAGGGUUUAAGGAUCCAGUCGGGCAUGUCUGAUGAGAUGGCACCUGAAACCAUAUGUCCCCCCCAGUCUGGUAGAGAAUUACAAGUGCUUGAUGACAUAAGGGAAAAUAGUAGCGCUGCUGUUGGAUUGUUGGACCUUUCUCUGACAUUGGAUGAAUGGUUGAGGAUUGAUGCUGGAAUGAGCAAUGAAGGGAAAGUUAGCCAGCAGGCAACAUCAGUUUUGAGAGCUCAUCAGGCUAAGCCCAUUAACAUUGUUAGUGAUAUUUUGGGAGGAGGAUCGCCAGUAAGGUAUGGUGUAUUGGGUAACAACCUUACUGUAGCUUUCAUGAUACAGCUCAGGGAUCCCCUUCGAGAUUGUGAACCUGUGGGCGCAUUGAUGCUUGCUCUAAUACAAGCACAGAGAGAGUUUCUGCAUUUAGAUAUGCCCGAAGAGGGUCCCAUUGGGUUCAAAAUCUGUGAUGUCCAUGUUUCUGGGUUGAAUACUGACCCAGGGAGGACGCAGCUCUGGGGUACAAAAGCCCAGCAACAAUCUGGAGUUCGGUGGCUGCUUGCUAGUGGAUUAUCCAAGUCCCAUAAAUACCCAGUUUCCAACUCGAAGGCAAUUGUCUUAUCACACCCACAACAAAAUUCGAAGGUGGCAACUGGUGACAUAUUGUGGAGCAUAAGCUGUGGUUGGGAAGAAGGGGCAGGGUUUACGAGGAAUCCAGAUGUUGAGAUUCCAGGACAAUGCCAUUAG